GAAAAGUGUAUUUCCGGAAAUCAAAAGAUUUAUUGUUGCUAACUUGCUUGGCAACAACUUAAUAAGAAAGUUGAAGUUAAAAGUUACACAUAUUUUUUGUUGUCCUUUCCGAUUUGCCGUAUCCCGUUCUAAAAAACGACAAUUAAACAUGGAGGAGGAACAGCAGCAAACUCAAGAGGCUUUGAAGAAGAAAAGAACUUUCCGAAAAUACACAUACAGGGGUGUUGAUUUAGAUCAGCUCCUUGAUAUGUCCAACAAUGCCUUGAUGGAACUUCUGCAUUGCCGAGCCAGAAGGAGAUUUUCUAGAGGUUUGAAACGUAAACCCAUGGCUUUAAUUAAGAAAUUGCGAAAGGCAAAGAAAGAAGCUGGUCCUUUAGAAAAACCAGAAGUUGUAAAAACACAUUUGCGUGACAUGAUUGUAGUUCCAGAAAUGGUUGGUUCAAUUGUUGGAGUUUACAAUGGUAAAACAUUCAAUCAAGUUGAAAUAAAGCCUGAAAUGAUUGGACAUUACUUGGGUGAAUUUAGUAUCACAUAUAAGCCUGUUAAGCACGGUAGACCUGGUAUUGGUGCUACACAUUCUUCAAGAUUUAUUCCACUAAAAUAACUUGUGAUGUUAUAAAAUAAAUAUCUAAAAAAAUUCUGUUGUCUGUGUAUCAGUUUAAGUAUUUUUUACCAGUGCAAGAAUUAUGAAUCAUAAUAGAAUGGACCAAAAGCAUAUUUCAUUUAUAACUUGUUUUUGAAAAUAAUGAGAUGCUUAUAAUAAAUAAGAAUUGUUCGGUGUUAA